AUGCUCGUUACAGUUGUACCAGCAAGCACGAAGACAGGCGCAGCAACCGCCAGAUCGCUACUCGCUAAGCACGUGCAGGUUCGUGGGAUCUACAUUGAUCUUUCCAAAAUUCCGGCUGCAUUUUCUGCAAAUGCAAAUAUCUUUGCAAUAGAGGGCCAUGCGUCAGACGAGGGUACAUUUGAUCUGACGGGAUCUGAUGCUGUUCUAGCUAUUAUACCACCUGUCUUCGACGGUCGGGAUCUGAUCGAACAUGCGGAGAAGAUAUCUUCAAAUAUCAAAAGUGCAAUCGAGCUAGCUGGCAAUGUUAAAAGACUUGUUCUGCUCAGCAGCGAAGGGGCUGAAUUCAGCAAGAGUACCUCGUCCUAUGGUCCUGCUUACCACGAAGACCAGGGCGAGAUCAAGACAAAUCAUAAAGCGGAAGAAGUUCUUUGGAAGAGGAAAGUCGAAAGCGCUGUCUUUGUCCGAUGUGCAUAUUUCAUGGAGAACUGGACCGUAAAUCUCGCAACCCUUAAGGGCCCAGAUCUAUUCUUCUUUUCGACAAUUACACCGGUGGACUUUCAAAUUCUGAUGGUCUCAAUCUCGGAUAUUGGCGCCACUCUCGCCGACCCGCUAACCGGCAAAGAGGCUCUGCCAACGAAACCAUAUAUAGUUGAAUUGCAUGGUCCUCAGAAGUAUAGUCCACUUGUCGUGCGUGGGGCAUUUACACAGGCACUCGGAAAAGAAGUUGAGUUGCGACCAGUGGAAAAGGAGCGCCUCCGCCAUUUCUAUGCGAAGAUUUUCCCUCCCACAAUUCUCGACUGUUGGUUGAAAUGGGGAUGA